AUGGGCUCCAGCUGGAUGACAAACGCGGCCUCGGCGAUCUCGUGGAACUGGAAUUUCUCCCCUGGCCCUCGGAGGAGCAGAGAGGGCGGGCACCGUGAGGGGGUAACCCGAAGGAAUUUCUCAAAGGUGCUUAUCACCCUUUCCUCCAAACCUCCCGUGCUCCGUCCCCGCCCGCCUUCCCUCUUCCCGCCCGCUCCGGGGCAUUUCACUCUGUGGGCGAGGCUCAUUACAGCCACCUGGGAAUGCAGGCCCGGGGCGGCGCGAGGUACAAAAGCGCGGCGGGGCGCUGGGCCGCACACGCUCCGGCGCCUGCCCUCCGCCCGCCUCCCUGCGCUCGGCUGCGGCCGCCCCGCCGGCACCAUGCUCGGGAGGGCGCUGCUUUUCCCUUCCCUGCUUGCCCUGGCUGGGGCUUUCCCGACCGCGGCCCCAGAUUUCUUUGCUGAUAUGAUGUCAACCACCUCCAGCUUGGAGGACAAAGCCACUGAGGCCGCAGAUUUCUUUCUUGAUGUGCAGUCAACCACUUCCAGCUUUGAGGACAAAGCCACUGGGGCCACAGAAUUGACUACUGAAGAGUCUCUGGAGAACACAAAGGGGUUUGAUUUCUUUCCUGAUGCACAGUUCACCACUUCCAGCUUUGAGGACCAAGCCACUGAGUCCGCAGAAUCAACAACUGAAGACCCUCUGGAGAACACAAAGGGGUUUGAUUUCUUUCCUGAUACUCAGUUCACCACUUCCAGCUUUGAGGACGAAGCCAGUGGGGCCACAGAAUCAACUACUGAGGACCCUCUGGAGAAUACAAAGGGGUUUGAUUUCUUUCCUGAUGCACACUUCACCACUUCCAGCUUUGAGGAUGAAGACACUGAGUCCACAGAUUUCUUUUCUGAUGUGCAGUCAACCACUUCCAGCUUUGAGGACAAAGCCACUGAAGCCACAGAGUCAGCUACUGAAUAUCCUAUGAAUAUCCUGUGAAGAACACAAAGGAUUUUGGAAGUGGAGCAAAUGUUCUCUUAGCUGUAGACAUCGUCACUCUGCUACCUGCCACUUUUUAAGAAGAUUCUAAGCUUCAGAAAAGCCUACCACUAUACUAUAAUGGAUUGCAUGGAAACCAGUGAAACAUAGAAGGGUUCCCAGCCUAAGAGAAACACAGCAUGGCAUUAAUUUUGGGGUGGGAGGAAGGAAUUGAAUACAUAAAGGUGGGAAGGAACAUUUCUUAAACAUGUUGAAUUUCAUGUCAGCUCAAUAAAUCUUCCUUUCAAUUGGAAUUAAAAAAAAAAAACAUUUUUUAGAGCAGUGAUAGGUUUACAGAAAAACUGGGUAGAAACUCUGUAGACAAGUCCAUAGAGUUCCCAUAUGUGUACUCCUUGCCCCCAGAGUUUUCUCUUAGUGUGGUGCAUUUCUUAAAAUUGAUGAAUCAAUACUAUUACAAUUAUAUUAGGUUUUGCUCUGUUGUAUAAUUCUAUGGAUCUUUUUUCUUUUGCUGUAAUGCCAUACAUGCACUGCAAAAUUUCCCAUUUUAUCCACUUUCUCAAGUGUGUAUCUCAGUGGUAUUAAUUACAUUUAGAAUGUUAUAUUGCCAUCACCAUAUCCAUUACCAAAAUUUAUCCACUGCCUCAAAAGAAACUAUCCUUUAAGCGUUGACUCACAUUUCUUCUCCACCCACAUCCCUGAUAACCUGCAAUCUACCUUCUAUCUAUGAAUUUUCAUAUUCUAGUUAUUUCACAUAAGUAAAGUCAUACAAAGUCUGUACUUUUGUGUCAGACUUAUUCACCAUGGUGGCUUCAAGAUUCAUGGAGUAGCAUGUGUGGCAUCCUAGUAAGUCCCUCAGACAGCCACUAGCAGACUGGCACAGACACACGUGCACCUCGUAUCUGUAUGAGGGUGACUCUGCUCCCUGCAGGACUAGGACCAGGGACUCAUCCUGGGAGUAUUGUCUGGCUCUGGGUCAAGCUGGUGA